AUAAGUACGCAUCACUAUCUAUCACAACACACCACUACCCAUCACUAUCUAUCACUGUCGAUCACUACACAUCAUUAUCCAUCACUACACAUCAGUCAGGGAGGUGCCCAGGGAGGUCAUGGCGGAGUUGAAGAUUCAUGAGCAGCCAUGAUCGAGUUAUACGGUGUGCUGCGCUGUUUUAUGAGUUUAUUGAAUGAUUUAUUAAAUAGUGACGAAACAAUACAAAUGCACUACAAAAACGAGGUAAUAAAAAACUAGCAAUGUAUUAAGAACACUCGUUCUAGCAUUAAACAAGAGCUGCAGAUAAAAUUUUCUCAAAAUUGGUUUAAAGCUCAAAACGACAUUUCGGAAAGCUCUAGACAAAAAUAUACAAACAAGGAAAUUAAAAAAGAUUAUCGCUUGGAAGAAUACCUAAAGAUAGUUAGAAAUCCAGCUCAUAGAAUCAGUAUGACUAAACUGCGAUUGGGAGUUCAUACUUUACGUAUACAAACAGGGAAAUAUGAAAAUGAACUAGCUUCCAUACCAGUAGAGGAAAGGCUUUGUUUAGUUUUUUCAAAAGAAACUGCAUAGAAGACGAGAAACAUUUCUUACCGUAAUUGAUUGUACUGAAUACGAAAGCCUUAGACAACAACUUUAUUUUCAUAUUUCUGACAAUGAUGCAACCUUCAUCAAUUUAACAGAUCAUGAUAGAACGUUAUAUUUACUCAGAUUAGACAAUGACAAAACCUCACAUAUUAUAGCUAAAUAUAAAUAUGCCCAUAUAAUGUUUCAAAAACGAAAACAGUUCCUGAGUCAAAAACCCAAUUGAUUAGGUAAUUAAAUUAUAGUAUAAUUCUUAUCGAAAUGGUAUAUGCCGUAUGAUUUUGUUGUUUCAGUUCAUAUUUCUUUCUUUUUAAAUUUGCUGUAGUUGAAAAAACCUUUAUUGUGACUAGACUGAUGCCUCCCUUUGGAGAGCAAGGCGCGAUAAAGAUAUACUAUACUAUACUAUCCAUCACCACACAUCACUGUCCAUCACUAAAGAUCACUGUCCAUCACUACACAUCACUAUCCAUCUCUACACAUCACUAUCCAUCACUACACAUCACUCUCCAUCACUUCACAUCAACUAUCCAUCACUACACAUCACUAUCCAUCACUACACAUCACUGUCCAUCACUACACAUCACUGGCCAUCACUAUGCAUCACUGUCCAUGACUACACAUCACUGGCCAUCACUA